UAUCAUGCGACAACUACUCCAAAAUACUGCUAAAUUUUGCGUAAAUAGAACGCAGUCGGAUUUUAACUUGCUGUUAAUAUUAAAACGAAUUCUUAGUUUUCUGUGUUGACAUGGAGAAUGCCGGGAACAUAGGAUAUAAUUUUUCUAACCUCGAUAAUCCACCACCUUACGAGCCGCCGCCUCAAUACGACGGUCAACAAUAUAAACGAGACCAGAACUUUCGGCAACCGUAUCCUGGCCAGCACCAGGACGCAGGCCAGCACCCAUACACAGUCCAGCAACAAUAUGGGCUUCAACCGUACGGAGUGCAAACUCAUGUACAAAGCCCAACCACUGUGAUUGUGAGCCAGCCCGAGGUGGUGACAACCGUGUCCCUACCGCCUGAUUACUUGGUGCCGUCCGUUUUUGCCUGCCUCUGCUGCUUCCCAUUGACAGGAAUAUUUGCCAUCUACUAUGCCACUGUGGCGAACAGCGCUUCUGCUUCUGGUGAAUUGGACGCGGCCCAUCGAUACUCCAACAGCGCCAGGAGCUUGAUGAUCACAAGCAUCGUCCUAGGCGUUAUGUGGAUUGGCAUAUUUAUUGCCCUUUGGCGCCUCGGUGUCGUAUAAGGACAGACGUGGAGAUUGUUUGGUGAGAGAAAAAGACUAAGAGUGGAAUGGACGAUAGCAGUUUGCGAUCAUUGCUGAAUCAAUGUUUUACAGUAUUAAUUAAAAAGCAUCAUUGUAUCGCAAUCGUUUACGAAAACGUUCAGCCUUAUAACUAUCUAGACAAACUGUAGUUGUGCUUUGUAUUCGAGAUAAGCGUACAUAUAUUUUAACGAUACAAUGUAUAUUCAUCUAUGUAAAGUAACUCAUUUACUUACAUCUGGGGCCGUCUUUAUAAGACUUCAAAGUGACGAUUUUCAUGGUAGUGAACAUAAGUUUAACAGAACCAGAACAGAAUAAGUUUGUAUCAAAUUUAUUCGCAUGCCUUUAUGAUUUGGAUAAUUAUUUAGUUGAACAUUUUUUCUAAGACGUCAUGGAUACGGCCCCUUUUUUAUCAUAUUUUUUAUGAUAUUUAAACUACAUUAACUUUUACAUCUGUUUUUAUUAUUAUGUUAUGUUUUAUAAAAUAAUUAAAAAAAACCUU